UACAAUGAAACUGAAUGAAUUUAUGAAGGUCCGCACUCUCGAUGGACUGAUCUCUCCUACAUCCGUAAAUGUCACUUAUUUCAAUCUGUGUGAUACAACCUGCCAAAUGGCUUCAGAACUGAAUGCCAUCAAAGACAGCAUGAUCUUCAGAACAUGCUGGAAAAACCAAGUGGAGGAGCUAUCAAGAGACCAAUCGGAUACAGAUAACACUGAUAGAAAUGAAGAAAUCUAUACCCUUGACCAGGUCUACAACAAAAUAUUUCAGAGCUGCUACAACAAUUACAAAAAGCUUUAUGAUAGUCUAAAGAGUGGAGAACUUCUAUUGGAAGAAAUUGACAACAUCUUUGAAGGCUAUAAAGGAAAGUGUGAAGACUUGAAAAAGGACUUAGCUAUCAUGUGCAGAGUAGACACAUCUGAUAACAGAACAUGGAUCAAAGAAAGGGUUAACCAAAUUCAGCAAUACCAGGAUGUUCAUCUAGCAGUUGAAUCUUCCAAAAUCAUUGAGGACAUCAAAAGCAUGCUAUGUCCAGAAGGGGACUUCAGUGUACUGGAGAGGUUGCUGCAAAUGAAUGACUCCAGCUUCAAGAAAAACAACCUGAACUGCAUUGAUGAUGCUUUCAUAAAUGCAAAAAAUAUUCUUAAAGGCAUUACAGACAGUCGCAAGGAAUGUCUUCAAAAAUUCCUCCAGAGUAAAGAUUUUAUCCAGUGGAUUAAAAAAGAACUUAAAGAUAUCAAUGAGCUGAAAGUUUUUGUUGACCUGGCAUCAAUCUCUGCUGGAGAAAAUGACAUGGAUGUCGAUCGAGUGGCCUGCUUUCAUGAUGCUGUCCUUGGUUUCUCGUCCAUGCUGUAUGACCUGAAGCAGGAUUCUGAUUUUCAGAAAUUCAAUGAGUCACUUGCAAAAUUGUGGAAGGCACUUGAUAAUGACAAAGAUAUACCCAAGAAGCUGCGGGAUACUUCACGCCACCUGGACUGGUUAACAACUGUUAGAGAAAGCCAUGGAUCUGUUGAAUUUUCAUCUCUGUCUCUGGCUACAUCCAUCAAUGAAAGGGGAAUAUAUUUUAUCAAGGCACAAAACCAGAAAAAGAUUACUUUAGAGAAUUCACUGACCUUGCAAAUUGAGGAUGGACAUGCAAACAUGACAUAUACCUAUGAGGACCUGAAAGAACUGCAAAAUAAACUUAUGCUUAUGUCUGGAAAAAAGCAACAAAAUCAGAGCGAAGUGGAGCGCUUCACUGAGGUGUUUGAAAACAUCCAAAGAUUUGCCAAAGCAUUCGUAGACCUUCACACUGCAGGGAACCCACUUUUCAGGUGUUGGGAAGCUAAGAUUUUUUGUAAAACUCAGAGUGACCCAUGUAUCAUUAUGGAAAUUAGGUUUUGCAAGACCCUGUGUGGCUUCCAAGUAAAUGGAAACUUAGUUGAACAGCUUACGGCUCUAUCCAAGAAGAUGGAGAUGUUUCUUGAUGACUGGCAAAACUUCAUGGACACACAGAGAUUUAACCACUACUACUUAAACUACUUCACAGCAGAACAAAUAUUCUACUUGUGCAGUGUUCUGAUUCCAACAAACAUGAAUGCAGAACUCGAAGACAAAGCGCUGAUGAUGCUUUCUUUUAUCAAAGCAAACUGCACAACAUCAGAUGUCCGGAGUAUUUGGAGAAGGUUUUAUAACCAAUAUGGCAAAAGGGAUAAUGAACACAGUGAGCCAUCGUCACCCAGUGUUAGUCAUUUUGCACAUGACAGUGACUCAGCAGAUGAAGCAGACAAGGCUCUUGGAUUGAAAGAGUUGGAGGAGUUGUGGAAUGGUUACAUGAAAAACAAGGAAAUAUUUUUCCAUGACUUACUAGACAUUAGGAGUUUAGGACGUCUCUUGCAGUUGAUGACAGAAAACCGAAAUCAGAAUGAGUUGGAAGAUGAACCGGUACUCUCAGAGACGAAAGACCAUUCACUCAGAAGGGAGUUUCCAAAAGGCCUAAAGUCAAAACAACCUAAUCUCAUAAUCUGCCAACAUGAUGAGAUCCUGACUUCAAGUAUCUGCUUGUACAUGACCAGUGACUUUGAGCCAUUGCCAACUUAUGAUGAAGUGUUUUUGUGUACCCCUUCAACAUCUUAUGAACAAGUAGAGCUUUUCCUGAGAAGAUGCCUCACAUCAGGUGACACUGGCCAGAAGAUUUACACAAUGCUGUGGGCAGACCAGCUUUCCUAUGAUGUUAGCUGUGCAAUGGAAAAGUGUUUUCAGAAACUGCAUUCCCAUAAAAAGGAUUACAGGCUAGUGAUCUUUUGCAGCUCUGAUAGAGAGCACACUUAUAUCCCUACUGCCUUCAGUCAGUACAAAACAGACUUUGUGCCACAAGAGCCACUGGAAAAGAUCCAGCAGUACUUGUCCCUUCAUUACAUCGUUACCUCAGAUUACAAGAACGCCAUGUUCAAAGGUGGCCAUUCUCUGGGUAUUGUUGCUUCCAGUCGUGCAGGAGUAGGCAAGUCACUGUAUGUCCAAAGACUGUAUGAAAAGCUAAAGAAAUGUGCCACACAAGGAAUGCCAUUUAAGAAGUGCAUCAGACUAACUGAACAUGAGGUUGAUGAUAACAAGAUUCUUCAGUUUUUGUAUGACACACCACAACAAAAUGAAAUUAAGGUGUUUCACUUUGAUGUCACAUCUUCGGUGCAAAAAGGCCUGAAUGAGCUGAUAUUCAAGCUAUUCUUUUUGCGGUACCUGAUGGAUUCAGAUGGACAGAUGUGGCACUGCAGCCAGAACCACUUAUAUAUCAUUGAAUUACUAGAAACCACAAAUGAUCAGAACAGAUGUGCCACCAGAUCAGGACGAAAGGAAAACUUUGCAUUCUUGGAUGUUUUCCCAAAGGUGUUUUGCCGUCCACCAAAAGAGGUUAUGACUUUGGAAAUGCAGAAAGAGCAAAAUCCAGACAUGGACUGUGAUGACCCCCUCAUGGAUGAUGAAUGUUUCAGGAGUGAAGCUUAUCAAAGACCAUACCAGUACCUCACACGUUUUCACAACAAUGACAGUCUUGACAACUUUACUUACCGAGGCAUUGAAGGGACUCAUGCAAAGUGUCUUCAGAUACUCUUAAUCAAUUGUGGUAUAAUCGAUCCAUCAUGGGCAGAGCUGCGUAACUUUGUCUGGUUUCUUAAUCUUCAGUUGAAAGACUGUGAGAAUUCAGUUUUCUGCAAAUUUGAGUUGGUUGGAGACACUCUUUGUGGGUUCAAAAACUUUGUGGUUGAGUUCAUGAUCUUGAUGUCCAAAGACUUUGCAACACCAUCACUAUGCAUCACUGACCAGAGCCCAGGGAGGCAACACGUUGACAUCAGUGGACUAAAAGAAAAAGACUUAGCUCCAUUCCUCAUUAGAAAAAGGUGGGAAUCAGAGCCACAUCCAUACAUCUUUUUUAAUGACGACCACAUGUCCAUGACAUUCAUUGGAUUUCACCUUAGGCCCAAUGGCCAGAAAGGGGUUGAUGCAGUAAAUCCUUUGACAGAAGAAGUGAUUAAGAAGAACAUCAUGACUCAACAGCUGUACAAUGGCUUAAAACAUCAGAGAGUUCCUUUCAAUGCCGACUUUGAUCAGCUUUCUAGAGCUGACAAGAUUGAGCAUCUGUGCAGUGUGCUUGGCAUCAAGUGGCCAACAGAUCCCGAUGUAACAUAUGAAUUGACCACCGACAAUAUCCUCAAAAUGAUGGCAAUUCAUAUGAGAUUCAGGUGUGGCAUUCCUGUCAUCAUAAUGGGGGAGACAGGAUGCGGUAAAACAAGGCUGAUAAAAUUUAUGUGUGAACUAAGAAGAUGUGGAGCACCAGCAGAAAACAUGAAACUGGUCAAAGUUCAUGGAGGAACUACGUCAGAAAUGAUUUAUGAGAAAGUGAAGGAAGCUGAAACUCUUGCAAGGACCAAUAAAGAGAAUCAUGAUCUUGACUCAGUUCUUUUCUUUGAUGAGGCAAACACCACAGAAGCCGUUAGUAGCAUCAAGGAGAUCCUUUGUGAUAAUUCAGUGCAGGGAGAAGAGUUUUGCUCUAAUACAGGGUUAUAUAUUAUUGCAGCCUGCAACCCUUACAGAAAACAUACAGACCAGAUGAUCGAGCGGCUGGAAGCAUCAGGACUGGGUUACCGGGUUCGGGCUGAGGAGACUGAAGACAGACUUUGCUCCAUCCCUCUCCGCCAGCUUGUGUAUCGUGUUCAUGUGUUACCACCCAGCAUGAUACCUCUUGUUUGGGAUUUUGGACAGCUCAAUGACACAACAGAGCAAAUGUACAUUGAACAAAUAGUACAAAGACAGGUGAAGGCCAGCGCGAUUGACAAAAACUAUAUCCCAACAAUAAUUAAAGUGUUAUCGUCAUCGCAAAAGUUCUUGAGAGAGAGGAAAGAUGAAUGUAGCUUUGUCAGUCUGAGAGAUGUUGAACGUUGCAUGCAAGUAUUUCUGUGGUUCCACAAAAAUCACCCAAUGUUUGCUGAAGCUCUAAAAGCCUUUUUACAGCAGCAAUCACACAGACAAAAAAAACUACCUGCUAGUGACAGAGUAAUCUGGUCACUCUUGAUGGCUACUGGAGUGUGCUAUCAGUCCUGUUUGGAGAGCAAAAACAAAUAUCUGAAAACUAUCAGCCAAAUUCUUCCUGAGUAUAAACCACAGAGAAUAAUGCAGGAAAUUCAACUCAUGCAGGAUCUCCUGCUCAAUGGUGUACCCAUGGCUGAGACAAUAGCCAGAAAUGAGGCUUUGAAAGAGAACUUUUUCAUGAUGGUGGUCUGCAUUGAGCUGAGAAUUCCCCUUUUUAUUGUUGGGAAACCAGGAAGCUCCAAAUCACUAUCUAAAACUCUAGUUGCGGACGCAAUGCAGGGUCCUACAUCACAUUCUGACCUCUACAAAAAGCUCAAGCAAAUACAUCUGGUGUCUUUCCAGUGUAGCCCUCAUUCAACUCCUGAAGGAAUCAUCAAUACAUUCAAGCAAUGUGCCCGCUUUCAAGAAAGCAAAAACCUGGAUGAAUAUAUUUCAGUAGUUGUUCUUGAUGAGAUUGGAUUGGCUGAGGAUUCCCCGAAAAUGCCACUGAAAGCACUGCACCCAUUACUGGAAGAGGGUUGUGUUGAUGAUGAGCCAAAACCUCAUAAAAGGGUUGGGUUCAUUGGAAUUUCCAACUGGGCACUGGAUCCUGCCAAGAUGAAUCGUGGAAUUUUUGUGUCCCGUGGAGAUUUAAAUGAGCAAGAGCUCAUCAAAAGUGCCAGAGGAAUCUGUUCCUCUGAUCAACAUGUUCUUGAAAAGAUUAAUGGUCUGUUUGAGCCUUUUGCAAAAGCAUAUAUGACAGUAUGCGAUGAAGGCAACGGAUUUUUUGGUCUGCGGGAUUUCUACAGUCUGAUAAAAAUGUUAUUUUCAAUUACCAAAACGUCUAAUAAGCGUCCUACUGCAGAUCAGAUCACCGGAGCAGUCCUGCGAAACUUUAGCGGAAAAGAUGAUGUUGAUGUAAUUGACAUAUUCAGCAGAGAAGUCGGAACUGACUUUUCCAAUACUAAUAUCACAACUAUUGAUAUGGUUGAGCAAAGCAUCUGUCCAGCUUCCAAAAUGGAGGAAAGUCGUUACCUUUUAGUACUCACAAAAAACUUUGCUGCUCUUCAGAUUCUCCAAAAGAUAUUCUGCUCUCAUCAAAUUCGCCCAGAGAUAAUCUUUGGGUCAAGUUUCCCAAAGGAUCAGGAGUACACACAGAUUUGCAGGAACAUAAACCGUGUCAAAGUGUGCAUGGAGACAGGACAGACAGUUGUGCUUCUCAACCUUCAAAAUCUGUAUGAAAGUCUGUACGAUGCUCUAAAUCAGUACUAUGUGACCCUCGGAGGUCAAAAUUAUGUUGAUCUUGGUUUAGGAACACAUCGUGUGAAAUGCAGAGUUCACCAAAACUUCAGGCUCAUCGUCAUUGAAGAGAAGGAAGUGGUUUAUGAGCAGUUUCCAAUACCACUCAUUAACAGGUUGGAGAAACACUACCUUGACAUCAACACUGUCCUCACAGAGGAACAGAAGAUCAUUGCCAGACAACUGGAGGAAUGGGUUAAUGAUUUUGUCUCCUUAAGUAGUUACUCCUCAGAAAAGAAGUAUGAUCCAAGUGAUGUGUUCAUUGGCUAUCACUCAGACACUUGUUCCUCUGUGGUCAUGCAAGUAACAGAGCGUGAGAGUACUGAGACUGAUGCUCAGGUCACUCUGAACAAAGCCAAAGACAUUCUGCUCAACUGUGCCACUCUGGACUCAGUGGUUCGUUUGGAAAAAUCCAAACUGCCUGAUGAGGAACAAGAGCAUUUAAUGCAAGAGUUUGUUAAAGAAGCAAUGCACAGUUCACUGGGAGACUACAUUGUGUAUCACACCCAGCAGCCUGAACAGUCACACUUCUUAUUCACUGAGGUUACAACCUUUUCCAGGCUGCUCACUGCAACAGACACUCAACAGCUGCAGAACCAGAUAAAGCUGGAUGCUGUACAGCUGCUAUCACUCCAGCAGUUUGAUACUGAGUACUCUUUCCUCAAGAAAAUCAGGGAAUUUCUGGGCUCAACACUUGCAGACAAAGUGCUUAUUAUCCAAGCGGAGUAUGAUGAAGGCUCCCACAGAAGGAAUAUUCUUUCUUCAGCCAAAUAUUCAUGCUUCAAUGAAAUAAACAAGUAUGACACUACUGAUGACAUGAAGACGUUUGUGUACUUUGUCAUCAAGCUACCUCGAAUGGAGGGUGGGACGACCUAUGUUGGUUUUCAAGGCGGUCCUUGGAGAUCUGUUCACAUCGAUGAUCUCAGAAGAUCAAAAGAGUUUGUUUCAGAUGUUCUUUCUUUGAAAAACCAACGCAUCAGUGAUCUUUUUGAAGAUCCACCUGAGGCCAUGGAGACAGAAGAUUACACCGGUGUACCACAAAUAGCUGAAUCCACUGUUUUGGAAGAUGUAUUUGAUACUACAGAUCUGGUGAGAAGUUGUGUGCAGAGUGCAGUGAGCAUGCUGAGAGAUGAAGUGGACAGUGGAGAAUUUAGCACCAAGAGGGUUGAAAAUCUGCUCACUCUUCUGGAUGGAAAUUAUACUCAAGGAGUGUUUGCAGAAAUUGUGAGGAAGCGUCUUCACUCACUGUUAAAGGAUUAUGAGGUCAACAUCCCCAAUCCAAAAAGCUGGGUCCUGAAUGAGGCAUCUAAUGUCAUUUCUCUUCAAGAAGGAGGGACAUUUCUACACACACUGUGGAGGAAAAUCCAAGCGGUUGUCACUCCACUUCUGGCCUACUUGGUCUCAAUCAUUGACCGAGAUUGCAAUAUGGACCUUCUCUUGGAUGAUGAAGAAGAUAUCAGGAACCUCUGGCUUGAAAUUUUUGGGAACAAAGAGAUGCUCAGUGUGCCGUAUGUGAGGGUGGAAAACAAAGUAUUAAUGGUACAAAGCCACAUCACAGGUGGCCACACCAUGUGCUGCCGUAUGCCAUUCAGUUGGUGGAUCAAAGACUUCCUAGAUGGGCUCAUGAUGCAAGCAAGACAAUCAAAACAUCAAAAGCAUUCGUUUGGGGAUUUCCAUGAUUUGUUCUUGAAAACUCCACUUGGCACUUACAUGGCAAAAAAUGUGAAUGAAAAAUUGAAAAACGAAUUUUUCAAAAAGUACCUGCAGGAUUUUGUUUCCAUGACCAUGAAAGUGGCAUCAGAUGAAAAAUUAGAGCUACUUUGUCAGGCCAUGGCCAGCUGUGUUGGCGAAAUACAGAGACAAAAACGAGAUGAUGAGCUUUCUCUACCGCUCAUCCACAUUGCCUAUCAUUUUUGCCAAAGCCGUCUUCAGAACCUUUCACGGAUGAUUUCUCUACACACUGAAAUUGUUUCACCUUUGCAAAGAAACCAGCAAAUUAGACGUUGUCCUGAAAUGGUUUUGGAUGUCUAUGCAGCCACGGCAUGUGUUGAAAGCCUGGAACCUUGUAAUUUAGAGAGUGAUACCCGCUGCCAGCAUUGGCUGAGGAAGGUGAAGAAAGUGCAGGCUUCACUGGAAUUGAUUUGCUCUCAAAAUAAUCUUCAACAGUAUGGUGAGCACUGCAAGAAAGUACUCCGUGACGUCAGUCAUGGUUGGAAGCGCAUCUACAUCCUCUCGUUGUUUGUGGAACAUUUGAUGCUGGGUUUCCAAAAUGAAGACAAUCAGCUCAGGACACUGGUCCUGAACCACAUUAAAACCCUUAGUAGAGCUGUGGAGACAAACUCGGAUGUAAAGUCUACACAGGCUUUUGAAGCAGUAGUUGAGGUCCUGAAGUCCUGUAAACAGGGGGCAACUAAUCAGAUUUUCAGGUUUGGAGGUGAAUGUGGGGUGUGCAUGAGAGAGCCUCUAGAACCAGUGGGGCUGCCAUGCUAUCACAUCUACUGCUUAACGUGUAUCAAGGAAAGCCUUGAUGCAGGACAGGCGUUCUGUCCCACCUGCCGCCAACAAUUACCAGAUGACUUCCAGCCACAUGUUUCUGAAGACACAAGAGCAUCUAUCAAGAAAAAUGCAGGAUUCAGGCAACGUUGCAACAGUUUCUUUAUUGAUCUGCUCUCUACUAUGUGCUUCAAGGACAAUACACCUCCAGAUGGAGGUGUCAUCGCACACCUUUUUUCCUACCUGAUGACAGAGACAGAUCAGAAAGAGAUUCACACCAAAGCUUUAUCACCUUUUGACGAGUCUCCAGAUAAAAACCCAGUUGUGCGAUCUGUAAUUCUCAAACUGCUACUGAAAUUCAGCUUUGAAGAGGUCAUGAAAUAUUUGCAGCAGCAUUUGUCAUCUGUUGAAGAAAGCAGAUUUGUUGAUGAUGUGGAUAAAACAGAGCUCUAUGCCUUAUACAUCAACUGUUUGGAGGACUCCAUCUGGGAGAAAAUGCCUCAGGAGGGCAACAAAGCUGCAGAGUUACAGUGUUUCAUUAAUGAAACACAGUUCCUGCAGUCCUUUUUGGCUGAAGUCACUUCUGCUCCAGCAACAGUCUCUAUUCAACACCUCCAGCAUAUUGCCCGACUGCGUGUGACCCUCAUCAUGGCUUCCCAGCUCAUCAGUGAUAGACUGUCAGGCAACCAUGUCCCAGAUGGGGCAGAAGAUUUUCUAAACAUGGUGAUAAAGCUCUGUGAGGACAGUGGGAAUAACUGGUACCGUGUUUACCUCAUCCGCAAGCUCAGCGAAUCACAGGGUGUUGAGUACGUUCAAACAAUGGUGAAACAACCUGAGUUCUUCUGGCUUUUCCCUGAAGAGAUACAUCAGCAGUGUCAAAAGAAUGAAGAUGGAGGCCUGAUGGACCAGUAUCUUGCGUAUGGAGAGGAGUACAAGGCUGUGAGAGAUGCAGUUGCCAAGGCACUAGUAGACGGCAACAUCGAGCAGAUAGAAGAAGUCUGUGAGAAAUGUAUGGCUACACGAAGGAAUCGGACAGUGUUCCUCCUGCUGGCUGUUUUCCGAGAGGUUACAACUCUGUACAGAUCUGAAAACAGGGGUCUUCAUCCUACUCCCAAGCAAUGUAAUGGAUUUGAUGACCUCAUUAACGGCUCAAGAUACCUGCCCCAAAGAGAAGUAAGAAACUUUGCGUCAGCAUUGAUUUAUAACAGACUGGGAGCUCUUACCAUCCAACCUGGUAAUACCAUUGAGGAAAACACUGUUAUCGAGCUGAUCAUCCAUCUAGCAGCUGUGCUGCUCACAGGGAGUCAUCCUCUGCUGAUGCCACUGAAAAACAUUGGCCUGUCACCUGAAAAUAUGCAGAGGGCUUUUAUACCCACAAUGCCUGAUGACAUGUUAGCUGUUGCCCAGGCAGCCAUACAACAACAAGAAACACACUAUCAGGGCCAGCUCACUUGGUAUGUCUGUCCAAAUAAUCACCCAUGCUGUGUUGAUAUGUGCGGCCGGCCGAUGGAGAGAGGCCGAUGUCUGGAGUGUGGUGCAGACAUUGGAGGGGAACAUCACAUAGCCUUGCCUGGAUUCACACAAGUUCCAUUGCACGAGGAUCAAACACGUCCCGGUCACAUUCUGGGAGACCCUCAACGGAGAAACAACCCAGAUGCCUUAGAUACCAAAAACAUGUCUCUGACUCCCUUUACUCUGGUCCGGCUAGUUACACAUCUCGCCAUGAUGCUGGGAGCCUCAGAGAAACCUCAGGUUAUCCAACAGAUAAUCCAGCCACCUGUGGAGGAUGUCAGUUUGUUUCUCAGGCUGCACAUAAUAAAGGAUCUUGAACAGCUGUCACAGGCACUGGGAAAAGGAGCUGACGACACUGUAACAUCUGUUCACUUGGUGCUCAGAUCACUUCAGGAGCUACCACAUGCCAGUAACUCUACUAUCGACCCUUACCUUACAUCCAAAGAAUCCAGAAACACCUGGGAGACUACUGUGGCUACAGAUAUUAUGACACCAAAGUUGAAGGAUCUUGACCAACUCCUACAAGAGGCAAAGGGAACCAUUAGAAAUGACUCACGUGUAUCUUCCAACUUCAUCAUAAGGACGAUCCACGGUGAUGACUGUAGCUUCCUCGCCUCACUGCAACAGGGCUCUGAGGUCGACAGCUCAGCAGUGUGGAGCUGCAGGGAGAGGCUGUCGCUGCUCAGCCUCACACACAUUAUGGAGACGAAUGAUCAAAAGGAGGAGCUCCCCCUGCUCUGGAGGUUCCUGCAGAAGGAAAGAGAAUUUCGACAUAUCAAAUUCCUCCCAGAAAUCCUAAUGCUGCAGAAACGUUUGGUGAGAAAGUACCAGAAUGCAACUGAAGAGAUCGCGGGUUCCAUCAGAGAAUUCAUUGAUCAGCAAACAGACAUGAGCCCAUGGUAUCAAAAACACAUUGAGACCUUCCUGAAAACAUGGAAUGAGCUAAGAGUCUCUGUGACCAGCAAUGAAAUAAAAAUUCCAGAAGAAUUUUGCAGCAGGGAUUUGGACCUGGACAGUGACCUCAGGUACCUCCUGCCCCGUCGGCAGGGUCCAGGCCUGUGUGCCACAGGGCUGGUCAGCUAUCUGGUGACUCUCCACAAUGAGUUGGUGAAUGCAGUGGACCGUCACACACGAGAGGACAACAGUGACUACACAGUGAGUCUGUUGGAGCUAAUGGAGCAGCAUGUGAUCAGCUAUGAUGUGGAGAAGGACCUGUUUCCUCUGGUUUUGUCCAACUGCCAGUACAGCUUGGAACGUGGCCACGAGACAAUAUCUGAGUAUGACCUGCCCAGGAUCCAACAGCAGAUCCUCACCCGCUUUCUGCAGGGAAAACCUCUCAUUACCCGCGCAGGAAUUCCCACGUUGGUCAACACGCAAGAGAGAGACUAUGAAACCAUUUUCAAAACUGUUCAUGGAAAAGUGCCACAGAGUGUUCUGACAUCUAUGGCACAGAAUACUGUGUCCAGACAGCUGGACUCCUACAGCGAGGUGUGCGAGGCGCUCAAGAUUGUGGAGCUGCUUCUGGGUUUCCUCUCAAUGACGGGUGGUGAUCCCACAAUGAAACUGGUCACUUACCUUCAGGAAAUACUAAAGAUGGACCAAAGCAUUGAUCAUCACAUACUGAAGGCUUUUAGCAAAUGUGAACUGCAGCAAUGUGUUUGUCUAUGGCAAGUCCUGUCCUCUCUCAACUCUGAAAAAAUGCUGCAACUCAAAAGAGAGCCCUUUUCGGGGUAUCCAGCCGAGUACCAGGUGCCACUGACUGAGGACAACAAGACUGAGCUGAAAGGAUUCAUGUCCAGAGGAAAUGUGGACCAGUGGCUGCUUGAGAUGCAUGAGUUCCUCUUGUUGCGCCUGGGCCGCCUACGGGCAACUGAGGACUACAAUCCAUCAUGGAGUCUGAAGGAGGUGGUCAGUGCCUACAUGGAUCAUAAAGAAGUAGAAGUCCCUCCUUACGUGGAGAAAAACCUCUCUGAAGAAGUGAAGCUGUCUCAGAUAAUUGAGACCUGGAAAUACACCAUCACAGCCAAACAGGAGUUGAUGAAUGAGUGAUGAACUGAAUGAGUGCAUAGAGAGAUAUUAGUUAUCUAAAGAAGUAAACAAAGGUAUUUUUUCUGCAUUUAUUGAUGUAAUAAUCAUAGGACGUGUUGUGCUGUUAAUUUGUUUUUGGAAUUAUUUUACAAAUUCAA